GUUUGGAAAAAUUGGAACUUUGAUGUCAUAUUGUGUAAUUUGCGCAGAGCUGACUCCCUCGAUCGGUCCGCGCGAUGCUAUAAAUAUUAGUCAAGGACGACUAAAUAAGUAGUCACCCCCAUCCCACAGCUUGACUCCUGAGCCUGCCUGCCCUGGCAUCCAGGAAGUAACAAAGAAGAAACUAAAAAUUGAUAGAAGGAAAAACAAUGCACUUGAGCGAAAAUGAAGGCAUCGACGGGAACACGUUCGUGGUGACGGGUGGGCUGGGGUUCGUGGGCUCAGCUCUGUGCUUGGAGCUGGUGCGGAGAGGUGCUCGCCAGGUUCGUUCCUUUGACCUCCGACCUCAUUCUCCUUGGUCCGGCAACCUCACCAACCACGGUGUCCGCUGCAUCCAAGGCGAUCUUGUCCUGAAAAAGGAUGUUCAUAAUGCUCUCCGAGGUGCCGAUUGUGUUUUCCACCUGGCUUCAUAUGGCAUGUCAGGGAAAGAAAUGCUUCAGUUUGGUCGUGUUGAUGAGGUCAAUAUUAAUGGAACUUGCCAUGUCUUGGAGGCUUGCCUUGAAUUGGGGAUCAGAAGGCUUGUUUAUGUCAGCACAUAUAAUGUUGUGUUUGGGGGAAAGGAGAUUGUGAAUGGCAAUGAAGCCUUGCCCUAUUUCCCUAUUGAUGAUCAUGUUGAUCCCUAUGGGCGAAGUAAAUCAAUUGCUGAACAGUUGGUUCUUAAGUACAAUGGUCGCCCUUUUAAGAAGAAUAUCGGAAAAUGUCUUUAUACCUGUGUGGUUCGUCCAGCUGCUAUAUACGGACCAGGUGAAGAGCGACACCUUCCAAGAAUAGUAUCUCUGGCAAAGUUGGGUUUGGUUCCAUUCAAAAUAGGUGAUGCUAAUGUGAAAUCAGACUGGGUUUAUGUGGAUAACCUGGUACUUGCGCUGCUAUUGGCAAGCAUGGGACUUUUAGAUGACAUUCCUGGAAAAGAAGGGCCAGUUGCAGCUGGGCAGCCAUACUUCAUAUCUGAUGGGUCUCCAAUCAACACCUUCGAAUUUAUCCAACCAUUGUUAAGAAGUUUGGAUUAUGACUUACCAAAGUCCUGGAUUGCUGUUUCCCAUGCUCUCAUUCUGGCAAAGAUUUUCUGGGCUGUAUACACGAUGUUAUAUCCAUUUUUGAAUCGGUGGUGGCUUCCUGAGCCCUUCAUUCUUCCUGCUGAAGUACAUAAGGUUGGUGUUACCCAUUAUUUCUCAUUCCUUAAAGCGCAGCGUGAGCUUGGGUAUGUUCCAAUGGUGAGUGCUCGUGAAGGCAUGGCUGCAACUAUCUCAUACUGGCAGGAUAGGAAAAAGAAAAGUUUGGACGGACCUACAAUAUAUACAUGGGGAUUUGUUGUGAUCGGAAUGAUUUUACUUUUUGCUAGUGGUUGGUUCCCGGCCAUAGGACCUGUGCCACUCCUUAGAUCUGUCGGUCUUUUCCUCUUCCGGUCAAUGUAUGGAAUAAGGCUCGCAUUUUGCUUAGCUACUGCAGUACAUGUUGGAGAAGCCAUAUACGCAUGGUACCUGGCAAAGAGAGUGGAUCCUGUUAAUGCGAGAGGAUGGUUCUGGCAGACAUUUGCUCUUGGGUUUCCCUCAUUACGAUUGUUGUUGAAGAGAGCGAAAAAAUAGUGUAGGCAUUGCUUUUGUGUGUUAUUCUAGUGUAGUUGUGGUGCAAAAUACUUCAUUCUUGGUAGAGUAAGUGGUUAUGAAAGGGAAAAAUUAAACAGGUUGGGGUAAACAAUUUUCUUAAAAAUGGAGUUUUUCAGGUAAUGGUACAGAAAUGUGGGGCAAUAAUAAAUUUUUUUAUAAUUCUCCGA